AAGACACUUUAUGAGAAGAUAGCAAAUUCUGAAUCACUUCGGAGCUAUUUGAGGUGAGCACUUCCUCUGCCGAUGUAGUCAUUCCCCUGGGUUGGUACAGCAUCAUCACCUCUGGAGUUGUAUUUCAUAAAAUAUUUUUAACAUUUUUACUUAAAUCUGCAACGGACAAACAUGACUGAAAUGAUGGCAAUGGGUUUUGAAGGGUUCUAUGAUACACAUUCUAGUCCACUGAAACGUGAAGAAAUUUAUGACUGUAAGCUAUAAGAUUGGUGUUCAAUCAUCGUCAUGUCAAAUUGGUUCUCAUUCUGUAGUGAUAAAUCAAGCGACGUACACAUGAAUUACUAUAACCUUCUAUAUAUAUGACAGUCGAAAUAAAUCUUUGGUGAUUGAUGUGAAGUUAAGACCAAUCACGAGGAGCGUAUAUGUGUAAUCUGUCGGGUUUAACAUCACCAGCAGCUUCGGAGCAAUGUUCAUCAGUAGGAAGCAGUUUUCGCAUGGAACAAUGUAGCAGCAGUACUUCAAGUAAUGAAUAUGAAAGUCUAUUGGACUUAGACUUUAUUCUUGAGAAUAGUACCGUUACACAGAAAUCUGUGAACAUGUCCAAUCUGUGUAACUGUACAUAUCCUAAUUCUGUUAUGAAUGUCAAUUAUUCUUAUACCAAAUCUCCAGUAUCUCAAGUCCGACCACCAGUCUGCACAGAUGUGAUUUGUGCACAAAAUUCUACCUUUAAAAGUUCCAAUGGGAAGUAUUAUUAUGAUCUUGGUUCAAAUAACUCCUCGGUUGAAAUCAAACAAGAGCCAAUUUUCCCUGAAAGUUCUGAGUAUAAACAUUGUUCAGAUAUUAAUCAAAAUAAUUCGUAUAAUUGGACUUCAAACGUACCAAAUGCCUGUAAUUAUGCUUCAAGCUGUAAUGGUGUGAUGGAGGCAGAUCAUUACAUACAAACAACGAAUGAUGUAAGAUCAAGUGAUUUACAAUCUCAACAUUCAUCCUCUUCUCUUGCUUAUAUGCCUUCGGUUAUCCCAACAACAGAUAUGCCUCCAAUGGAUCCCUUUCAAAAUUGUCAAUCAGGUUUACAGAAUCAAGAUCAGGCUUCUCUACGCUUUUAUCCUAAUGUUACAAAUCUCACCAGUUCUAUGAAUCCUAGUAUUAUGGCUGAAAAUACCGUUACAACAGUUUACCUACCGCAGAACAAUAGAGCUGAUCAUUCACAACUUCAUUCUUUGCCUCCCACCUGCUCUGUUAUAAAUAACAUAAGUGACAAUACUACAGUUACUCCUGUUCAUGCAGUUAACAAUUUACAGGACUAUAGCAGCGGAGCACAAAAUGCUGGAUAUUAUAUGAACAUGUAUAAAGUUGAUGAUGCUAAUCUUCCAAUGAAUACAACUUUUCGAGUACUAGCACCCAGAACUGCAUCACCAGGCCACAAUCUUGGAUUCACAUCAUUGAGUAAUACUACAUGUGACAAUACUAUUUACAGAAACCCUUCAUUAAUGUCGACUCAUAACCAUAAUCACGUCGGUAGAGGGAAAAGCAUGAAAUUGAGUGUUUCACCUCAGCAAGAUAUGCUAGGAUGUAGUAUGCAGGGGGCCGGAGGAAUUUCGCUGACACCAGUGCGUCGCACAAGGACUAACAAAUCGAAGGGUGAUGCAUCGGUUAAAGGAACUGGAGGUAAUCCUACUGGCAGAACUAAGAAGUCGAUAGCUCUAAUUCAUACCUGUCCUUUUAGCACUUGUGCGAAAGCAUAUUCUAAGAGCUCACAUCUAAAGGCUCAUAUGCGUGUCCAUACUGGAGAAAAACCUUUUCCGUGCGAUUGGCCUGGAUGUGCUUGGAGAUUCGCUAGAUCUGAUGAAUUAACUCGUCAUUAUAGAAAACAUACUGGUGAUCGACCGUUCCAGUGCAGAACUUGUCACCGAGCAUUCGCACGCAGUGACCAUUUAACUCUACAUAUGAAAAAACAUCAAAGUGGGAACUAAAUCACUAAUCCUCCAAAGUAUAUAUAUAUAUAUAUAUAUAUUAUACUCUAAAAAUCUACUGCCUAAUAAAAUAACUGAACAUUAAUUAUACGCUUCCAUUAAAACAUGGUAUUACAAUUGUUCUUAUACUUAUUAUUACUGUUAUUGCUAUCAUACUCAAUACUGCAUAUUCAUGACAAAUUCUACACUACGCAUACUUCGGCAGCAUUUCUUGUGCAUUUAAUAACAAACGGAACAAGUAAUAAAUGAAGUAAUUUUCGUCAAUAACACAUAGUACACGUAGGUAAAUAGAGUCAAUGUGUGAUACCAUUACUGAUAAUAAUUAUAGUGGUAAUCUGCCUCCUCUCUCUGUCUCUUUCUGUGAUGUAGUGAAACUGUUUAUGUUGAAUUGAGCGAGUUACAAUAGUACAAGCCAGCAGAAUCCCUUCUUUUUUUCAUACAAAGACACUCUGCUUGUUUUCAACAUAUGUAUUCACAGCUUUGGCUAGUAGACAUUAGUAAUUACAACAUAUCAAUUUGUUCUUUUUGCAUUAGACCUCUUAUUAUGUGAAAUAACCGACCGCAUUUGAUCUUUCAUUGCAAAAUUCUUGCCCUAGUUUUCCAAUCUUUGGACUACAUAUCAACACCAUUACAUAUCAUGUUGUCAUCAUCAGCAUCACAGUGUAUACCAUACAUUCUAUUACAAAUAAUCAUUUACAUAUCGAAAAGCGACUGUUUAGUAGGAUUAUGACAAUCCUGUUUACGCUUAAAUCACUAAAUGAAUUGGCUGUGACCUGCCUUCUAAAAGUUUUUUUUUAAAAUUCUUAACUGGCUUAACCACAUAUCUAUUUAUUUAUCCGUUCAUUGUGUAACACCAAUACUAAAAUACACCUAUAUCAUAUCACAUAGACACACACACACACGAAUUUUUGUUUCCUGGUUUUGAUGAGUAUUUUCCAACUUUUCACAUGGCUUCAAACUUUUGCUUUCUUUUUAAAAUGGUAUUUUUUGUUUUCGGGAUGUUUUUGUGUUUACUUUCUUUUUGAUAAUUUGUAUUAUGAAAUUUUAGUUAUUAUUAUUAUUAUUACUAUCAUUACUGCCAUUCUUAGUUAAUAUGACGUACGUAUGCUAUUAUAUAACGUUCCAGUUUUAUAGAAACUUUUUUAAAAGAGAAAAUGCAUCUGUAUUCCUGUCUUUUAGUUGUACCAUUCAGUAUGCUUGGUGGCUGUGUAUUCAUUAACAUGAGAGGAAAUUUUUCCGAACUCCUCUUAUGUCUUUUUAUAAAAUCACCUAAAAGGGCUGUGAAACCUUAUCCAUAUCGUGUGUUCCCGAUCUCUUAGAACAGACAGAAGAUGAACAAGAAUGACUGAGAGAAUACAUUGAGCAGUUUCUCUGUUGUCAUUAAAAUACAUAUCAAGUGUUGUUUGCUUUUCCAAACUGCAACUCAAUUCCUACAUAUAAUGAUUUUGCUGUUUGUGUUAUUUUUCAAUUCUCUUGUUUAACUGUUCGUUCGUUCUUCUCAACUUGUUGAAUAUUGAGGUGCAAGGUAAACAUGAUGCAUGUCAUUGAUUUUAUUCAAUGAUGUAAUCAUUAAAGAAUGAUAAGCAUAAAAUACAUAUAUGUUUUUUGAAU